AGUACGGUACGACACUCAUCUGUUUAACAUCUACAAUAAGCUUCUCAAUGGAUUGUCAGAUAUCAGAGCAGAUGGAGGACCCACCUAAUGCUUUAGCCCAAGGCAAAACUAAACGGCCACUCCUAGACCCACCAAAAGGCAUACCAAAAUGCCCACCUCAAGACCCACCGAAGGGAAUACCCAAAUGCCCACCUCAAGACCCACCGAAAGGCAUACCUAGACCUCUGGACCCCCCUAGACCUCUAGACCCACUGGAAGGCAUACCUAAAUGCCCACCUCAAGACCCACCAAAAGGCAUACCCAAAUGCCCACCUCAAGACACACCGAAAGGCAUACCUAGAUGCCCACCUGAAGACUCACCAAAAGGCAUACCUAGAUGCCCACCUCAAGACCCACCAAAAGGCAUACCUAGAUGCCAACCUCAAGACCCACCGAAAGGCAUACCUAGACCUCUGGACCCACCUAGACCUCUAGACCCACUGGAAGACAUACCUAAAUGCCCACCUCAAGACCCACCAAAAGGCAUACCUAGAUGCCCGCCUCAAGACUCACCGAAAGGCAUACCUAGACCUCUGGACCCACCUAGACCUCUAGACCCACUGGAAGACAUACCUAAAUGCCCACCUCAAGACACACCGAAAGGCAUACCUAGAUGCCCACCUGAAGACUCACCGAAAGGCAUCCCUAGAUGCCCACCUCAAGACCCACCGAAAGGCAUACCCAGAUGCCCACCUGAAGACUCACCGAAAGGCUUCCCUAGAUGCCCACCUCAAGACCCACCGAAGGGCAUACCUAGAUGCCCGCCUCAAGACCCACCGAAAGGCAUACCCAAAUGCCCACCUCAAGACCCACCAAAGGAAAUACCCAAAUGCCCACCUCAAGACCCACCAAAGGAAAUACCCAAAUGCCCACCUCAAGACCCACCGAAAGGCAUACCCAAAUGCCCACCUCAAGACCCACCAAAGGAAAUACCCAAAUGCCCACCUCAAGACCCACCGAAGGGAAUACCGAAAUGCCCACCUCAAGACCCACCGAAAGGCAUACCCAAAUGCCCACCUCAAGACCCACCGAAGGGAAUACCCAAAUGCCCACCUCAAGACCCACCAAAGGGCAUACCCAAAUGCCCACCUCAAGACCAAAUGAAAGACAUGCCUACCUGCCCACCUCUAGACCAAAUUAAAGCUCCACCUCAGUGUAGCCAAGUAAAGAAUGUGAAACUUUAAAGAAAUUUCACACAAACAAAAAAUAAUUUAUAUAUUUUCUUUCUUAAUGGGGAACCUAAACCCAAACAGUAACACUGAUUUAUUUAGUUAAAAACUGCUUUAUGACUUCUACUAUAAUUAAUGUUUACUUUCAAAUAAAUCAAAUUAAAUCAUGGUACAAACUAUGGUAUAGUGAAAUCUAUGUACAAUCUAUAUAUUUGUACUCUUUUUGGGAAGGUUUCAGCCCAGGAGUUGGACUUAAUUCUUUAGAGAACCUUUUACUGUCUGAAAAUUUUACAUUGUAACAUUC